GAUGUUGGGAUGAGAGUCGGAGCUGAAUACCAAGCUCGGAUCCCUGAAUUUGAUCCAGGUGCUACAAAGUACACAGAUAAAGACAAUGGAGGAAUGCUUGUAUGGUCUCCAUAUCACAGUAUUCCAGAUGCCAAAUGCCCAGGAAGACUGAAAAAACCUAGGAUCUGAUGGCAUUGCUGCUAAAUCCUCAAGCAGGGGAGGGAGUUACUAUGUAGACAUCUGCACAGGCUUUUCCUCAGUAUAUGGAGCUGUAAAGAAAUGCCUUCAAACUUCAAAGAGCCCACUAUCAUUACCAUUUUAAAGAGGAAAGGGGAAAGAACUGACUUCAGCAGCCAUCAAUCAGGUCAUCUUUGAGCUCUCCAUUUCUGGACGGAGACCUUCUGGAUCAUUGACCAAUCACUUCUUGAAUCAUGGUGUGGCUUUAGACUUCAAUGUGAUGUAGCGGACCUGAUCCUUUGCGGCACAUCAGAUAUAGGAAACGUUCAGUAAGAGAACUGAAGAUUGAAAACUGAAUAGUAUUCUGCACACCUGAUAAUUCUUCCUGUUUAAGAGCUUUAGAAUACCAUCAAAAGUGGAUGAAUAUAUUGCAAUUGCAAAGGAGAAACAUGGCUACAAUGUGGAACAGGCACUUGGCAUGUUGUUCUGGCAUAAACAUAACAUUGAGAAGUCCCUUGCUGAUCUCCCUAAUUUCACUCCCUUUCCGGAUGAGUGGACAGUAGAAGAUAAAGUCCUAUUUGAACAAGCCUUUAGUUUUCAUGGGAAGAGCUUUCACAGGAUUCAGCAAAUGCUUCCAGAUAAGACAAUUGCUAGCCUUGUAAAAUAUUACUAUUCUUGGAAAAAAACUCGAUCUAGGACAAGUUUGAUGGAUCGCCAGGCUCGUAAACUAGCCAAUAGACACAAUCAGGGUGACAGUGAUGAUGAUGUAGAAGAAACACACCCAAUGGAUGGAAAUGAUAGUGAUUAUGAUCCCAAAAAAGAAGCCAAGAAAGAGGGUAAUACUGAACAACCUGUUCAAACUAGCAAGAUUGGACUUGGAAGGAGAGAGUAUCAGAGUUUACAGCACCGCCAUCAUUCUCAGCGUUCUAAGUGCCGUCCACCUAAAGGCAUGUAUUUAACCCAGGAAGAUGUGGUAGCUGUUUCCUGUAGUCCCAAUGCAGCCAACACCAUCCUAAGGCAACUGGACAUGGAGCUGAUCUCUUUAAAACGCCAGGUUCAGAAUGCUAAGCAAGUAAACAGUGCACUUAAACAGAAAAUGGAAGGUGGAAUUGAAGAAUUCAAACCUCCUGAGUCAAAUCAGAAAAUUAAUGCCCGUUGGACCACAGAGGAGCAGCUUCUAGCAGUGCAAGGUGUCCGCAAAUAUGGUAAAGAUUUUCAAGCUAUUGCAGAUGUAAUUGGCAACAAGACUGUUGGCCAAGUGAAGAACUUCUUUGUAAACUACAGGCGUCGGUUUAACUUAGAGGAGGUAUUGCAGGAGUGGGAAGCAGAACAAGGAACCCAGGCUUCUAAUGGUGAUGCUUCUACUUUAGGGGAGGAGACAAAAAGUGCUUCUAAUGUGCCAUCAGGGAAGAGCACUGAUGAAGAAGAGGAGGCACAGACCCCACAGGCUCCUCGGACUCUGGGUCCAUCACCUCCUGCCCCAUCAUCCACUCCAACACCAACAGCCCCCAUUGCCACUCUGAACCAGCCUCCACCACUUCUUCGUCCAACACUGCCUGCUGCCCCCGCUCUUCACCGGCAGCCUCCUCCACUCCAGCAGCAGGCUCGGUUCAUCCAGCCCCGGCCAACUUUAAAUCAGCCUCCACCACCUCUCAUUCGCCCUGCUAAUUCUAUGCCACCCCGUCUAAACCCAAGACCAGUGUUGUCCACGGUUGGUGGUCAACAGCCACCAUCACUUAUCGGAAUUCAGACAGAUUCACAGUCCUCACUGCACUAAAAUUAUAUUGGACAGAGCUGCAGUAACCCUUCACCCCAUCAUUAUACCAAUGCUCAUCUGACUGUUGCAAAAGAGGAAAGAAUAAUCAGUAAUCCUUCCUAGAUACAGAGGCUGCGAACUAGUUCUGUGGCAUCGGGCUAGCAUAAGUGGAUGUCUGAGAAACUUUUUAGUUCACGCAACUGAAAUGUUAUACAACAAAAAACCUACAGUUAGCCUCCUUUCUACAGCAUAUACAUUCAGCAACAUGAUCUCAUAAAAGGAAAAAAAAAAGAUAAAAUAUCCUAUAUACCAAGGUUUUCUGAUUUGUUUUUACCAUAUUUAUUUUAUUGAGAUUCUUUAUAUUUCUGCCUCUUCAUAGUCAAGGCUCUUUACAGGAAUAUUGACUUACGAAUUGUGAAAACUCCUUAAGUUUCUUAAGGGUGUUUGAAUUUUUUCUUUUUUCCUUAAUUUAAUUUUUAACAACAUUUUCCUAUGUUAGGAGUGCAAGAAUAAAUAGCCUGCAUUUCAGAUUUUGACAGAUGUUCAUUUGAUGCAUAUUUAAGAAAAGAGAGCUACAUAUCCCUUGUUUUAAAAAAUCUUGCUUUUUUUCCUAAAGGAAUUUUAAUAUAUUCCUUUAAAAGAAAGCAAUUUAAUCAAUUGCAAAGCAAUUAUAUGAAACCACAAAGAAUGUACUGAACCUACUAACCUUUAACAUACAGUUUAGGGUCCUUGUUUAAAGGUCAUUGGCCUGUCUCAGUAAUAAGAGGAUCAGAAUAAUAAUUUUACAUUCAAAUAAGGACUAUUAAGUUACUAAAGUAGUAUGUCUUUAAGUUCCUUGAAAAUGGAGUUAAUUUUGAUUUUUUUUUAAGUUUCUAAAUGCUGUCUGCUUUUAACUAGUAGUUGCCUACAUCUGGGGACUUUAGAAGAGAACUAUCUUUUGUCAGUUAUGUGGAGAUAGUGGCUAUGGAAGCAUUUAUUUACAAUACCUUUUUUUGGGUUUAGGUUCUGAAAAUUGCCCUCAUUAUAUGGUCUGCAUUUAAUAUAAAGGAAGUUUUCUUGAUAAAUCUCUAUUGUACUAUUUGGAUACAUUUGUGUAUUCCUUGCAGCCAACCUGUGCUCGUUGGUUUGGUUUAGGGUUAAAUGAUCAACAUCAUUUCAUAAAAUAAAUUUAAGGGUUUGUUCUGUGUUAUCUAAAGAUGUAUCAGUAUAUUGUCACAGUUGUGCUGUUAAAAUACUAAGACUUUUAUAAAAAAACAUUUCAAGACUUCUUAAUUCAACACAUAAUCAUUAAGUACCUACAAAGAAUAUUUUACAAGUGAUAGUAUUUCAACAAUGUGUUACUAAUAUUUUUGAUACAGUGAUUUCAUAUUGGAAUCAUGACUUGUGCAAUGGGACAGAUGGCAUAGAUUGCUAUUCUAGUGGAACUUAAGGCUAAAUGUUUGCACAUUUAUAUCCUCAUAUUUAGAACUACUUCAUGAAAUGUUUAACAUCUAAGGCCCUAAUUUAUGUUUUGAGAAGUCAUACAUUCCCAAAUAUUGGAAAAAUAGUCCAUACCAUUGGCUCUAAAGCCUUUUAAAAGAGCUAUAGACUUAUAUCCAUUGGUUAGUUUUAAUUUUGAAGUUUAGACCACUUCUUUCCAUAAAGACCUUAAGUUCUGGUAUAAACUCUUCCCAGGAUGUGCCCUUUCUUUUUCAUUGGAUCAUCUUAAAUGGUUCCUGUCCCUGGGUUGUAAUGGUCAAAUCUGAUUUAAAAUGUUCUUAAUAUUCAAGAAUUUAUACCCAUUUUUUUAGUUUAAAGCCACGGGAGAUAGUUACAUAUCUUAAUAGAAAAUAUCUAAAGCAUUUUUUAAAGUACUUAGAUUAUCUUGCAUAUGUGCAUACUCAACAGCUUUUAUUGUCUUGUCUCUUGUCAGUAGACCUUCAGUAUGCAGUAUGGUGGGGUCUGCCAGUCAGGUUGGUCAGCACCAGCAUCUGUCCAGCUGUUAAGUAUAUUACGAUUCAUUUAAAAUCUGUUCUAUCCCAACUAUGGGCCAAGGUGCUGUAUCUGAGGGAUGUGCUGUAAUUUGAUUUAUGUACACUAGAGCACACAGUAGAAAAAUCUUAGCUUCAUUAGUAAUAUGACACAUGUAUAUAGUGAGAUGUCUUUAUCGUGUGCUUUGCAUAUUUUGUAAAUAUUAUGCACGUCAUUAUUUUUCUUUUUUGUUUAAGCAGUGUUUGGCCUGGAAGAGUGAUAUGCUUGCUGCUUAAUCAAAGGAUUAAAGAGUUAAAGAUGUC